GUUAUUCCCCACAAGUGCAUUAACAUCAAAGUCAUGCUCGGCCACUUUCUUUCGCAUGGAGCUCACACGCGUGAGAUCCCGUGGUGAUACAAGAGUGCGAGUUUGGGACUUGUUACUCUUGCUGCCAACAUUUGUGUUUCUUCUGGGUCUUCUGGUGAAAAUUAAUAAUGCAAGAUUAAAACUACGGGCAGUCCACAGCCCAAUUUAUGCCACAUUUUAUGGCUUGAUAUGGCUUAAUACUGUAGUUUCCUUGGCAAGAUGCAUAGUUUCCAUGACUGUAAAUGCUGCUACUCCUUCCGGUGAUGUAGCGAACAAAUUGCUGUAUGUUAUUGUCAGAUUUUUCUUGUUAGCUACGGAGAUGAGUGUUGUUGUGUUUGCAAUCUUUUUUGGUCACUUAGACAACAAAACAAGCAUCAGACGAGUACUUGUUGUAACUUCCAUGAUAGCUUUACCGUAUGCUGUUGUCCAAGGGUUAUUAGAGGUGUUAUCACCAGAUCCUGACUUUUGUGUACCAAGUAAGGAUUAUGAACUGUUUGGCCAUGGAGGUUCCAUCUUUUGGUUAGUUUCCUCCAUAAUAUUCACACUGAUCUAUUCCUUCAUAUUGGUUUUAAGACUUGAUUGUCUGAGAAAGCGAUUUCUCUUCUUGCUAUGGAUGCCAAUGAAACGGGCGUUCUAUGUCUACUUAGGAUUUUUGGCGACACUCAACCUCAUUCAGAGCAUUGGCAGUGGUCUGUAUCAUGCUCAUAUUGCUGCUGGUCUCUGCCUUGUCAAUGCUACAACUUGGACUUAUUUCUCCUUAUUAACUCCUUUCAUAUAUUACACGUUUAUCUCGGAAUUUUUUGGGCAAAAGAGUCGUGAACAAGUAGAAAAUAUAGUUUUCUCGUAUAAAUCAGAAGAUGACGAUGACACCAGCUCUCUCCCUCUUCCUGGCUCCGAAUUUCCUCAGCAAAACAUAUAUCAAUCUGGCAGUGCUCCAUACAGUAGUCUGUCAGAAGAAGUAGUUGGUGAUGGACAGACACCUGUUAACCCACUUUACUCUGCCUCCCUCCAAAGUCCCGACUCUAUUACUGGUUAUUCUAUUAACUCCGUCGAUGACAUAACUAUCAAUGCUUACAACAAAUCUCAGGCACAGUGAAUGAAAUGCUGUACAUUUUAGAAGAAAGAUUAUUUUGUCACUGUAUAUUACAAGGACUUUGCUAUGUAUGAAGCUGUGUAUUAUGGAUUCAAAGAGGGAAUGAUAUGUUCCAGUGCUGUUUUUUCUGUAUAUAAUGUGUCCAAUAUUCCAUAAUAUGCUUUGAGUGUAUAAAGAUGCAUGUGAAUGUAGUUUAAGCAAACUAUUGAUUUGAGAGUAUAUAUAUAAAUAUAGUGUUUUAUUUGAUAAAUAGCUGAUAACUCUAGAUAACUGCAUUGGUAUGAUGAAAUCUCAUUAUAUUAAAACAUUUAGUUUCCUGUUGCAGUGCACGUUACAUUAUUCAAGUAAUGUAGAAAAGAAGUUGUGCAGUACUGUUGAAUUUUGCAGUGAAGGAAUUUGGAUGCUACAUAGAAAAGGUGGUUCACAGCAACAUGGUAUAUAGGAUAAGAACAUGAGGCACUGUGGAAUCAUUUAUUGUGUUUACUGGGUAUAUAAUGGGGUUUCAUUUUACUUGAGCAAUGUUCCAUCCAUGAAUUUAAGGUAUUAAGAGCUGCUACAUUUGUACUUUUAGAUUAAGCUUAGUUCUCAAUCCCGAGUCUAUCUCGUUAUGAUGUGUUGUUUGUAUUCUAUUAUAAAAAUCUAAAAGUAUAUUGUACAUACAUAUGAAAAUUUGAUGUCCCUCAUUGACGUGUAUGCUAAGAAAUAGAAGCACAUUAUUUUAAAUGGUUAAAAUCAGGAACACUGUUUUCCUGUAAAUUAAAUUGUACAACUCAAUAAGCAAUUACCAAUGUUGAAGUAUGUAUACAGUAAUUUGAUAAGAAACCAAGUUGCUUUGGGUUUGGUGAUCAUGCAGACACACUUUUCAUGUCUUAGGGGAUUUAAAAAUCACAGUUUUCUUGCAAAGUCAUUGUCCUUUUCAGUGUAAGAUUUCGUUCAUCCAAAUUUCAAGUCAUUGUUGAUUCAUGAUGCUGUUUUACAGUAGUACUCAGUAUUUUUUAUAGGGAAUGUCUAUUUGUUAAUGAAACUCAGAGAUUAUUUCUUGUACUAGGCCUACCUCAUGCCACAACAUUUAUUUCAUUUCCUUUCAGUUCUGCUAGCACACCACUCAUUUUCCAUCGCUUACUUAUUUUCUUUGGGUGACAAGCAUACUUUAAACUCUAUUUUUUCCUGAUGUAUACAAGUUGUGCAAAAGGCUUUCUUACUUUUUGGCAGUUUUUUAAAAUUAUCAGGACUUUGCUAUUGGUAGUUCACUUUGCUAUUGGUAGUUCAUAAUUGCAUAUUAUUUAAAUAAAAAGAGUGAAAGUGCUAUACUAGAUACUCAGAUGAUUUUUUUCAUGACAUUUCAUACUUUAAGAUAUUUAUUACCUCUACUGAAAUGAAUUUUACUUUGACAGAAAGACUAAUUAACAUGGUUUACCACAGUAUGUGUAUAGUAUGAUAUAUUGUUUUAGUCUUUCAUCUUUCAUUAUCUCAUUAUAAUGAUGUAUAAAACAGAAUUUUAUUUUAGAUAUAUAUUACGUGUCUAAUAUCAAUAUCUAAUUGGUGGCUGAACUACUUUUAUUUUUAGAGCUUUAGAAUGUGCAGUGCCAUGUAGAAGUGGUUGACAAAUAGCCUGAGCAGUUGAAAACAUUGGAAAGUAUAGGGUAGCUGAAUUUCAGUGGUUUUAUGUACAACUUUUUGUUUCUGAGUAAGCAUAUGGAUUGUUUUGUAUACAUCAUAAAGAUGUAGUAUAUACACCACUAAGUAUGUUAUUUUUUAUUUAUUUUACUGAAGGAUAGAGAAGAGUGAUUUAUUUUUAAAGAUUAUUUUGCUUUUGAAAAGCUCCUUUUCAACUUUGGGAGGAAUCUCACAUGUCUGUUUUAAUCACACAUUGUGGAGGGUCCCUCAAAAUAUUCAAGUUUUAUAGAGAAAUAAAUCAAUAGUCAGUAUGACAGUAUUUUUUGUUUUGUUUAGUAGUUACUAUAAUUAAACUGAAACAUAUAGAAUCUAGAUAUGUUAAGCAGACAUCAAUCACUUGUGUAAUUCUUAUCUUUUUUCACUGGUAAAGUGGAUACUUUCAUUGAAUAUUUCAGCACAAGAAAAUACCCAAGACUUUUCAGGAAAUUGCUCUGUCAAGUGAGGAUAUAUUUCUAAUUUAAAGUCAUUUGUAACUUCUCCAUAAUUCUCCCAUUUUCUAUAUGGUAACAUUCCUAUUACCAUUAUGAAUGAGACUGCUCUUGUAUUUAGAUGGGAUUUAGGUUCAGCAUCUAAAAAUAAUAAUGAAUGACUUCAGGUCUUUUGAGCUGACAUGUAACAGAGGGACAUAAUUUUCACUCUAGAUUUUCUGUGCAUGGGUUGUACCACAGUGGAAGUAGGAAACUGUCUAUUAUGCUUGAUGUGGAAAUUUUGAGAUGUUGUGAUCAUGCAAAUUGCAAAACCUGUUUAUGCCUUAGUGCCUAGUUAUUGCAGACAGACUAAGUGCUGAAUAGAUGUUUUUUAUUCAUGACAUUCAUAUAUAUGUUAUAACAAGCCAUGAGGCCAUUUGCCAGUCAAUCUCCUACUGAGUAGAAUGGCCAUAUAUUAAAAUAUAUAUGAAAUGUUACUGAAAUUUACCAAAACACUGAAAUUUUUUAUUCAUGAUAUGCAUAUAAUAACAAGCUGUGACGCCAUUAACCUGUCAAGCAAUCCAAAUUGUUCUGAAAUGUGGGAGAGUGAUGACUGAGGAAAGGGUGUUUGGGCCUGGCAUUAACAGAAGUAGUUUUAUUUUAACAGGAAUAAGAAAUGUAACAGGUCCAAAAUGCAUGCAAUUUGUAUAGCUUAUGGGUUGGUGAAAUCUACUGUAAUAUGCUUACACGCUGCCUUUCCAUGUAUGCAGACAGUCUUAGUUUAUCAGAUGCUGAGCCGGGCAGAGUGUGACUUAGCUACAUUAUCUAUCAGAUCAGCAGAAAAAUGUACAUAGCUGCUACUAGAAAUAAAAGCAAAAACAAUGUUGUUGAUAGGGUGGUCAGUGCAAACACCAGUGAUAUCUUACGACCACGUGCAAAAAGUAGUUACAUGAAAUAAAGCAGUGUACCUAAGGAAAAGUAAGAAAAGAAUUAUUGUUGCAGCAGAAGCAGGGGUAGUUUCAAUGGUUCAUAGCUUGCUAGGUAGGAAUUAGAGAGAACCACUCAACCCAAAUUCAGUCAAUUAGAGUUGUCAUUCAUGAUUUUGCAUGCUAAAUUGUCAGUAUCUGCUUGGACAUUUCAAGACAGUAGGUCAUAACAAACCAAGGCUGGAUAGAUCCCAUCAGGAGGAACUCAACAUUCGAGGAAACACUUAACUUGGAUUAGGAUAGGCGGGAAAGCCAAGCCUUUAAGAAUAAAGCAUUUUAAAUUUGUAGAAUGGUUUUUAGGUUACAGUCCUCAUUAGGAUGAAUCCAGCAAGAACCACACCUGCAUUUAACCAACUCUUCAAUGUUAACUAACUUUGUAGGAUGCUUCAGUGGAUUGUAGUCAAACAGACACUGAGGACUUUCAGAUGGAGGAACGGAAAUGUUUGACCCUAGUAUUUUCUCAGUUCCUUACACUAAGAUUGAUUUUACAACAGGCGUUGCUCAUGAAGGAGGCUUAUGAAAAAAUUUAGUACCUUGUAAUGCUCUUUUUUCUGAUAAGAGGUAAUGAUGAAGGGAGCUGGAGAUGGACAGGAUGACUGCAACAUGGACUAAGAGCCAUACAUCCUCAGACACAAAAGAUAAUUUGACUAACAGAUUACAUUUGUGAAACAAUUAUUCAUGUUGUCAUUUUCUCAUGAUGAAUGGAUGUGGUCUGUGGCAUUUGUGCAAGAAGUGAUGGGAUGCCAAACUUUUAAGUUACUAGACAUUUCAUAUAGCUAUGGGGAUUGGACAAGUUAAAAUCUAAGUAGAGCCCAUAGGACUAAAGAGAAUUACAAGUCAAAUUUUUUAAAGGAGGAAGGUUUUAAUUCUUGUAAAUACUACAUACAAAACUUUAGUAAGUUUUAAUGUGUUUUGUAAUGGAUGUACCUUUCUCUUAUUUCUUCUGAAUGGUACACAUCUGGAUUCAGCCAGAUUGUUUGAAGAAUAAGAGAAGGACUUUGGGAAAGUCUCAUUUAUCAUUGAUCUAAUUUAUAUUAAUUUAUUAUUGGGAGCAGCAUUUCAGCAAUCUGUCUGACGCAACUGAGCUCUAAGGUGUAAAUGAAAUUUUAUCUAUGAAAUGAAACAAAAUGAUUUGAAAAUUUAUAUUUUCUUAUGUACAGUAUAUUAGAAAUAGAGGAAAUGUUCGUGGAACAAGUUUAGUUCUAUGGUAGCAAGGUUGUCUUAAGAGUCAUGACAACAUUUGUUGGCAUCUGUAAAUUUAUUUCUAAGAAACCAUCAAUAAGCUUUAAAUGACCUGUUUCAUUAACAAAAUUAAAUUUAAAAACUGGCAAUAUUUAUUAGCAAUUUAUUUCCCUAUCAUAAGUUAAGGGACCUUACCAAAUUACCUGAGAAGUCUCAAAAUGGAUCUAUGUUUAUGAAUCAUUUAUCUUGGUGCUCUAGGGUGUAAGCUGUAGCAUGAUUCUUUAUUUUUUAAAUUUUAAAUAUCAUAGUAGUCAUUGCAUCUCAUGAGUUAAAAUUCUGACAUUCUGUUUGAGUAAUUCCACAAGUUUGGUUUCAUGGGCUUGAAAGGUUUAUCCUAUAAACACACCCUGUUAGAGGUUGUAUUUUUAAGGGAUUUUUAUUUUAUGAAUAAAAAAAAUAUAGUGGUAAAUAAGUAUAUGUGCACAUAAUUCAACUAACAGUUGUGAGGGCAGAGUAUUUGUAUUUUUAACAAUGAUAUUUGCAGUUAAAUGGAUAACCUGUGUUUUCCACUGUUUUUGUGUGUGUGGUUGUGUUAAUUUCAAAUUUUAGUAUAAAUGAAGAUGGUUUUAGAAAGGAAGACUACUAUGAGCUUAUAGCUUCACAAUUAACUGUAGAUUUUAAAUAUAAGGAAUUUUUUAUGAGAGAUUGUUUGGUUGUUAAUAAGCCAAUCUUGGAAUAUUUCUUCUUUGUUGCUAUCAGGCUUUCAGGAGUAUAAAUGUAAUUAUAUUGCUUUAUACUAAGUAUGAAGCAUUAGUAUCGUAAAUCUUUUCAGACUUUAUAAGGGUUGCUAAAUUCUUGGGUUAUGCCUUUUAAUUUAUUUACAGUAUCCAGACAACAAUCUUACUUAUAGGAUUGUUAUCUAAUUCCACUCCAUUUUACAUGUUCUGUGGGACCCACACAUUCAUUCAACACUAUCAUAUCCUUGCAGAGAUAUUAAAAAAACAUCACAGUAUACUCCCUCAUAAUUGUCAAAUCCACACUGUCAUAACACUCAUUGAAUAAGUAAUUUUUUCUUUAAAUACUUAACAUUUUAAGCCUUCCCUAAUAUCAAGCAGGAGCCUAUCGCACAGUCUUUAAGCUGCAGAUUUGAAGGCUCAGAUAGCAUGAAACCAUUUUUAGCUAGUCUUGUGUUAACAUGUUUUGACUGUAUUGUGCACAGCAAAUCUUUUAAAUACUUUGAACAUCCAAUCUGGAUAGCUUGAUGGUUAUAAUUUUUGUUCUCAAUAUUCUCAUUUUGAUAGGCAGUCAGUGUAUCCCAAAGUGUGACUUCUUUUAUUAAUCUUGCCACUCUAUUUGAUAUAUUUUGCAGCUUCCAAAGUUGUGUCGUAGGUAGAUUUUGAUAGAUAGUUGCAGUAGUCCACUCUGAUAAUGACACAGUCAUUGUCUUCAUAAAAGGACUCUUCCCAAGAUAUGCUUUUAACGAAAACAAUAUUUCCAAGAUGAUCUUUGAUAACCCUAAUACCAUUAUUGAUUUGAGCAUCAAAGAUGAACUACAGUCCAACACUACACAUAAGUUGCAGACUUCAUCUAUAAUGUGGAUUAGAUAUAUUAUUAAACUGACUGUCACAACUAUUCCUCUUAAGGCAUUUUCAUCCCCACCAACAGGAAAAUUUUUUAAAAUGAAUGUCUCGUUGACAAUUUAAGGGAAAUAUGAUAUGGGUGAAAGUUAGUGGAGUUCCUUUUUCCAUGGAAAAUAACUACAUCCAAACAUGAACAUACAAAGAAAAUUAAGGAAUAGUUUAUCUGUAAACCAAGAAAACUUGCUCAUUUAGAAAUUUAUUUGAUACAGAGGAUGGUGCGAUGACUUCAAUGUAUGUGAGAAUUUUUUUUUUCUGUCAAGGAUUUGAACAGUUUUUCUUGACUUUCAAGGCAUUUUUACUUUCCUCUUUUUCAUUCAUAAAAUGUUGAUUAGAAGAUUUUGAAAAGAAAUUUGCAUUCAAUUAUUUUUUGGUCUCAGGUUGGAUAAGUAGAAUCUCUAGGUGAACCAGGAGGGAUUCUGUGUCAUCUUCACUUGGUGGCCAACAACAUACUAAGAUUUUGUAACUUUUCUUAAGACAUACUUUAUUCAUCACAUUCUCCUGGCAUUGUUACAUAAAGAUAUCUGCUCUAUCCAGGGCUAUGCAUUCUUUUGGACAUGAAAAGAUUAGUAAAUUAAAGAAAAUGUGAGAUUUUUUUGCAUAUGUAUGCAUCCGUAUUAUUUUUAAGUUGUGCUUUCAUUUGGUAAUUGUGCUCUGUAGUUUCUACACUGUCAAAAAUUUGGACUUGUUUGUGAUUUUUCCUGUUCACAGGUUGGGUUAAUUUAUAUAAUUCAUAUUGUUAAACUACUAAACUACAAAAUUGUCACAAUUUCAUUUGUGCUUAAUGAUUCUUUUUAAUUUGCCAACACCAGACUGAAGAACUGAAGAAAAGUGAAUUGGUUGAAGUUGCAGAAUAUUUUCUAUUUGAAACCAGGAUUGGCAAAAUUACAUACAAUAUAUACAUUUAAAAUUACAUAUAAGAAUGUUUUGCAGAUUUAUUGUAGGAAUAUCAGGAUAAUGUUACCCAUAAGUUUUAGUAUGAGUACUAGCUGAAGUGUAAAUAAUGGAAUUAGAUAUCCAAUAAGAACAAACAGCCAAAAGAAAUAGAGUAAGGAAACCAAAGCAGUGAAAUCUAUCUGGUAAUUCAUCACUUCCUGAAAAAGGCUGUAGUUAGAUUAUAACCCCAGUCAGUUUGGUAUGAAGUGUUCAACACUGUGUCUAUUAGUGAUUUGCUCACUCUUGCUAUGUCAUUAGAGAACUCUUUACCAGGUUGAAGUUUGUGACAGGGUUGCAGCAAGCUGUUGUGGGAGUUCAUCAUUUUUACCACCUUGUGAAAACUAAUUUGUAUUGCAACCCAUCAGUCACGUAUAAGCCUGUACUUGCUGUCUCAGAAUGUCUUUAGACUCAACAGUCUUCUGUUUAACAGAUAGAGGAAGAGUGGGAUUCUCAAAAUGCAGUGCCUGUAUCCUUAGGUAGCCAUCAAUUGCCAUCCUAACUUUUUGUGUGAACUGUAUUCCCUUGCAUGUUUUCUUAAUACAAAGUUACCAUUUCUCAUCUUUAUGCUAACUUAAUAGGUGAUAAAAAUGUUAUUUCUAAACUAUAACAAGUACUUGGUCAUUGGCGUUUUCUUGGAUCACUGGCAUUGUAGUACAGCUAACUGUGGGUGCUGUGCUUAUGCAGUUAUUAAUUUUUAUUAUGCAAAUUUGGAGGUAGAUAUCAAUAUUAACAUUGACCUAAUGACCACCCCAGGAUGGAUGAUUCAAGCACCAACCAGAUGAAGAACAAUAUUAGCUGUGACAGUUCAGAAACCCAUCUAAUGGAAGUUAGUUCCAGCUGAAGUUCUGUCACAUUCAACUUUUGAGAUGCUGUUGAGGAAGCCAUUGAGUAGCAGUCAUACCUAGAUAUUUUAAGGGAGAAGCAGGUAGCCAUUUCAUGACUUCAAAGAUGGGCAUAGUUUCUGGUUGCAAAAUCGUAGUCUUGUGGCAUCUCUCCCUCAUAAUUGUCUUCAAGUUCAUCUCAUUAGUGACUCCGGUGGGAUUGAUAGAUAAGACUCAUUAUCACCAGAAACUGGUAAGAUGCUUGAGGUCUGGGAAAGAAAGCCUAGUAGAGUCUUACUGGUACACCUUUGGGAUGCAUUUUAGUAUGACUUGAGACCAUGCUGUUCUUAUCAAGCAAAUGCCAUAAGAUGAACUGAAAGCAACCAAGGCUCAUAAUUUGCUUUUCAACAGUCUUGGGCUCCAGAGACAGCAGAAACACAAGGUGAUGUCAGGUGCAGAAUUUGUGAUUGACCUUGUACAAGAUAACCACACUAACCAUACUCUUGACUUGCUGCUGGCCACUGCUGUAUUGGCCAUUUUUGUGUAUAUUUUUGGGGAUGUAGGGUAGAAGGACAAUCGGGGAUACAAUAUACUGAUGGCUCUGCAACCAGAGACUGGAAAUUUUACUGCCUUAAAGGCAGUUUAUUGAAAGCAUGACACCAACUUUGUUCAUCCAAUCAUCAGUCACAUUCUUGCCUACAGAGCUGACAUGAUGGACUGAAUUCAUCAUGGACUUACCAUGUCCAUCUGGGCUCCUCCACCAGUAAUCGUGGUUUAUGCCAAAAGGGUUCUGUUGUUGCUAGGCUGGGCCUUAUUUUGCCAAUAUACAUUUAAUGUUGGAGAAGUGGGAUGGAUGUUUUAAGGACCUUGCUGAUCUGUUUUCUGCAGACAUCAAGGAAUGGAAGUUUUCAUAUAUGCUGGGCCAGUUCCUGUUCGCAGGAUGUAGUCCAAGACCUCACAGAUAGGCUGACUUACAUAGCAACCAGAAAAACAUCUACAACACAGGUGAUGCAUCUUGUUCAUUCAGGCAACAGUCAAUGUCCAGGAAGAAGAAUUGAAUGUCAAGAGUUGCCUUUUAACAUGAGUACACAGACAAAUACUCCUAGUUUGCUUUCCAGGUUUUCAUGUUCUACUCCAAGCAGGUCUAUUUUAUUAAAGAUUUAGUAGUGGUUAAUUUUUUUGGCCCAGGAAUGGUGGGACAAGCUAUGGUAAAGUUCCCUGCCUGAUGGAUUUUCCACUAGUGAGGUCUUGUAUUAAAAAAUUUUGGAAAUUAUGGUAAGACACGGCAGCAGAGCUACAGCUGUUGUAAGUUAUCAGGUUUGAUCAUCAACUUCUCUUCCUGGAAAUAGGCCAGUCACUUGCCGUGCAUCUAGGGGACUUCAGUGCUCUUUAUCUUCAGCUAUAUCUCUUGAAAGGCCCACUCUAAGGUAACGUGGAUCAUGAGAGGGUUGUAUUGUUGUGUUUUCACAUUUAGGAACUGUCUUAAUUUUCUUAAAAGGUAAUAAUUUCUUUUAGGUGGUUUAAUUCAGAAUGCUUGUUUUCGGUUGUCUUAGUUUUAUUUAUCCUCUUAGAUUUCCACUUGUAAUUCAUAAUGAGUGGGUUACCGAGUCUGAUUGUUUGAGGGAAACGUCACAAAAUUUUCUAAGUCCUAAAGUUUGGACUUGUAUUCAGUUUGUUCUUUAUAGGACACUUCACGCUUAUCACUACUAGAGUCUGUCUCCCCCCACCCUCAUUUCAAUUUUCUCUCUGUGCAUCCUUAUAAAGGAUCUGUCUGUGUGACAUGGCUCUAGGGUGUUGCUACGACCAUGGUCAUCUUUUCCCGUGUUUGCCACUUCAUGCAUUUAUUUCACUGCUUUUCAUAUGUUGACAGACUAUUUAUCAUUUGAUUAGUCACUUACAAAACACAUGGAGUCCUGACAUCUUGGCCCCCAACCGGCUGCCUUUAAUAGCUUUCCGGAGGGGACAAGGCCUCAUUCAUUUGAUGAUCCUUGACUUGCAGUAAUGGAUUGCUAAAGACACUGACUUUGCAUUAUCGCUCUAGGACCAAAACACUGAUCUUCAAACACUGAUCUUCAUUGCUUUGUCGUCGUAUGCCCAAAGCACCAUUAAGAUUGGUGUCAUGCCACGGUUAUUAGACAUUGCAGACUUGAUAAUGUUUUUCUAGGUCUGUUAUAUAUACAAUGUACAGUUGCAACUAGGAAAGGUUCCAGGCCUUGAGGAGUAAGGUGAGAUCAAUGUUGCAGAAGCAGGCAGGGAGGUGAGGGAUGUACCACUCAGUUCCUACGGUUACCUUUUUCAGUGCUGAAGGUGACAGGUGGAUGACUGAUAAUCAACCUCAGCCCACUGAAGAAAUGUGUCAAACCUGCUUCAGAAUAGAAACCAGAGGAUUCGUUGCAGAAGUCCAGUAGGAUGGGGUACUUCCUGUCAUGUCUGGACUUGAAAGCUAUGUAGUUUUGUGUAUUUGUUCUUCCAUCUUCAAGGAAAUACCUGUAUUUACCUGGUCAUGGAAGUUAAUAAGUUUUUGAGUGCCAUUUUUUGGCCUGGCUACAGCUCCUCAGGUCUAUUACCCAGAUUUUAGUGCCAAUAAUACCUUGGAUGCACCAGAAUGUGCUUAAACCUCAGAGAUACCCUGGUGAUUGGCCAUUGAGGGAAACAACAGCAGCAGAAUUGUGGUAAUAGCUAUCAUUGUUAUGUUAGGUUUUCCUACACCUGCAACUCCGUAAGGUGGAUGUUGACCACAUCUGGAUAAAGCUAGUAUAUCCUCAAUGAAAUCUGGAGUUUGGAAGGUGGUUACAUUUUUAUUUAAUCUCUGAAGGGGUAUGUUGGCAUGACAAUACAAUGGUAUUCAUUGCUACAAGUCGUCUUGAGAAAUGUUAUCAGAUAACUUGUAUUUUUAAAUCUUUUCAAUUUUCUGUCAAAAAGGUGUUUACUAUGUAAUAUGUAAUGUUGAGCCUCCUAUGAUUGGACUUUUGAAAUGCAGGCAAAAUUGUCUUCAUACUGACAAGAUCCUUAUUAAUAUAAAGAAUGUAGCAGUGGACAGUGAGAUCUGAUUCAUAGAUCACUAUGCCAUCACUUUGGCAGAUAUAUUUUGCAUUCUCUACCUGGAGGUAUCAUCUUACCGUGUGCCAGAAAUACUGCUCCAGAUUUGUGCAGUAAACAUUGAUUUCAUGGCAGAGCAACCCUGGGUAAUAUCUACAAGGUAAAGUGCUCACACUGCAAGGUGAACAGUUCACAUUAACUCAAGAAUUUCUAGUAGGAAGAAAGUUUCCUGGUUAAAUGACUUACAAAAGUUCGUCAGGCACAGCAUCUUUAACUCAUGCUAACAGUUACACUUGUUAGCAUGAGUGGAUUUUGAUAUCCAAACAGAAGAAAUGUUGCAUUAUUGGGAAAGAAACAAAUUAGCUUGACAUUUAUGACCUUUGGCAGUUAAAUAAAAGCCUGUGUUGAAAAUAAGUCAACCAGUAUAAACUCGGUAGAUAUCCAGGGAUUUUAUAGGCAGUUCUUUGUAGUGCAGAAUGAUAUUUAAGCCCCCCAUCUAGUUGAAUGGAAAAUAACAUCAAAUAGAGAAAUUUGCUCAUGUAAUUGCUGCUUUAGUUAAAGGUUUUCUAGCUUACUAAAGUAUGGGUACUUUUACUUGUAAAUCCCGACUGUAUAAUCCAACUUCAUCACAUGUGGUGAUGGCAGACGUAUUAUGAAGCAUUGUUACUUAUGUUUGAAAGAAUAUCAGUCUCUGUGGAGUUUUCACCUUGAUUAAGCUCCAAACCCCUAAAAGAGUAAAAGAAUAACAUGUAACAUCCUCUGCAACAUUUUUUUGUCAUAGAACUUCAUUGUGACAAUGAAAUUUAUCCUGAGAUUCUUGCAGCUGUUGAGACAUUGUUUGCUUCAUUUGGAAAAUGAACAAAUGGAGAUGAUGUCAAGAGGAUCUGAUGAAAAGAUUUUGAUCACCUACAAUACUAACAUGUUUCACUAACCUGUGUUACAGUAGUACUUUGUUCAUGUAUGUGGUUCAAAUCAGUGGCUUGGUUAAAUGCUGCUAAGCAAUUGUGAUCACAAAUUAGAAUUUUUUCAGUGCUAGAAAUGGAGAACGUGUCCCAUGCUCUUGGGCAAUAGGAUUUAUCAGAGACAUGUUUAUAUCAGCCUUCUGGAGGUGAUGUUCUGGGGAUGCCUGUCUCGGACCCCUCAGAUAGUAUUUUACUUAAAAUAGUAGUAAUUGAUACUUGAUAGCCCCAAACGCUAAUUUGGUGAUGGUAUGUUAAUUGCUGCUGGGAGGUUACAGCACAUGCAUAUGGUCUCAUGUAUUCUAUGACAAACUUAGUAAAGACAAUAUUUUACAAACAUAAAAUAGCUAUUUUACUUGUGAUAUUCUGCCACUUGAUAACUUCAAAGGUUUAUUUAAUGACAUAGCAGAAGGCAAGAAGAAAAUGUCAACUGUAUUAACAAAGAGAAAUUUAUUUAAUGACAUAGCAGAAGGCAAGAAGAAAAUGUCAACUGUAUUAACAAAGAGAAAUUUGGAACUGUAUACUGCAUCAUGGUUUGAGAUAAUGAAAUUUUUAAGUCCACAGAUGUCAUUAUGUUGAAUAUUCAGGUGUGUUCUACCUAUGCUUGUCUUUCAAGUAAUCCUCUUUAUGCAACAUUUGAAGUGAUCAUGUUUUGCGUAUUGUUCCUGUUUAUUUUUAGAGCAGUUGAGUCUCCUAACUGAAUAUUAUUGCUUGUUUUGCUCAUGCCAGGUUAUGUUACUCAGCUGCUUUUGUUACUCUCGCUUUGUAGCAAUUAGUCUUGAAAAAAAACGCAGCUGGAAGGUCAUGUUGAUAAUGUUUUGUCUUGGCACAUACACACUCAGUGCAAUGGUAUUGUGAGAUCACACAAAGAGCACUUAUUUCAGGUGAUGCAAGUAUGGUAGAGGUCAUCUGUUAACCUAUCCAUGUACGUUUACAUUCACCUACACUGAUAUUUUGUAGUGGCAUAAAAUGGAGGUAAAUGAGUUGGUGUUAGAUUUAGCUUGAAAUGCUGAUAAACUGUCAGAAGCUUUUAUCUGCUUUAAAACCACAUUCAAAAGUCAAAAAUUUUAUUUUCAUUGAAGGUUUUCAAGACUUAAAUUAUUUUAUAUUAUUCUCCUCGUAUUAUACUCUGGUGACGAAACACUGAAAUCAUUUUUGAAGUGUUUUGGUUUUGUAGGUUGGUUUCCAGAAGUGGAUACCUUAUAUAUAUGUAGUUCAAUUUCUUUUAUGUAUCAUUGUAGUUAUACAUAUAACAUUUUGUGUUUGCAUGUAUGUUUGGUUAUGUGUAGUUAUAUUUAUUUGCAAGCUUUAUAUAGCUGUUCAUGUUUUAGAAUUAUCACUACUGUAAAUCUUUACCCAGAGAUGGAUUUGUUUGUUGUGUUCUGCAUAUGUGUGAUAAAUUUUAUCUUUUCCCAGAAGUAUUCACUGUGGAUUUGUUGAACUCCCUUAAGUUCUUUGAAAGAGUUGUUACUUUUGCUGAUCAGAAAUAGAUUUUUGUAAACAUUACAGUAUUCAGUCAAACAUCAGAGGACUCUUUUAAACUGGGAGUGUACUUAAGUCAAAGUAUUUAACUCUGUUUAAUUUGGUUUUGUGCUUACUAUUUCAUUUCAUAUGAAACUAGUUUGCAAUGCUAAUUUCUUUGGAUAACUUGGUAUUCAUAAUUACUAAAAGGAUUAGUGUAUUACUACACUAUUUACCAUAGUUUACUGUAUUACCAAACAAGGAGUUGUAUACAGGACAGAGAUUGUUGUGGGCUAAACCAAAGUGUAGAAUUUAAAGCUAUUGGUAAAAGUAUGAUUAGCUUAGGUUCCUUAAACACAAUAAACACUAAUUUCUUGACCUAACUUGUCACUGAAGUUACAAAUUACCAAGCUUUUAUGUUUGGCAUUUAACCAAGUUGUUACUUUUUCCAGUAGUAGAUAAGGAUGGUAUAAAUAUAUAUUUUAUUUAGUUAAUUAAUAUCCAAAUAUAUAUUGCUGAGGUUUAGAUGCUGGGGACCUGGUCAUUCGAUACCAAAGAACUGUUGACUUGAGGAAAGUCAGUAUGUUUACAGCAUGUUAAUUUAUAGCUAGCUCUUUCAGACAUUUAUUUAACUUUUUACUGUAUGUUGCUGUAACUAACUUUAGACUUGUACAUGUAAAAGUCAGUGAACUUAAUUCAAUAUUUUUUGUGGUCAACUUUUGAAUCAUUAUAAACUGGUAUAAUUUUUUCUUUUUUAUUCAGUUAUGUUAUAUUUAUAUAUGUAAUAUAUUUACAGUUUUUUUUAGAGAACUCAUGUGGGUUAGCUUAACUAGAUUUGAAUAUAUGUAUAAGCAAAAUAGAGUUUUAAGUUGCUAUAACUGUAAUAUGUCAGGUUCAUAAGCAGUGGGCUUUAAAUCCAAUUUGGUGAGUUAAGAGAUUUUAAAUAAAGGUUGUAAACAUUUCAGGUUAUAUAGAACAGAACCAGAGGAGAUUUGGUAUUGGAUGUGUAAUAUCGUUAUUUGUAAAACAGACUUAUUUAGAUGUAGGAGAAACUGAAAAUUUAUUGGUCAGAAAUGAAUAUGUAACAACUCUUAGCUAGCCCAUUUCUCUUAUUAGUUAUAUGGACCUUUUUCAUUGUAACACGAUUUAGUUUUUGUAGUGUAUAUAUUUUUAUUUUACUAUUUGUGAACCAAAUGUUUCCCUCUAGGUUUAAUCUUUAUUGAAAUUUUUUUUUAUUCUGAAGUAUUGAAAAUUAUUUUUUUUAUUCUGAAGUCUUGUUAAACAACUGUUCAUUGAAAAGGAUAUCAUUAAAGGUUUAGUCUUGCAUUCAAAA